AUGUAUCAUCUAUCACUAGCCAUUCUCGCACCCACCACGCCACAUCCAGAUCGAUUCUCACCUCGCGAACUGACAUUGAUCGAGCUUCACAAUAUCGGUGUUGAAAACACCAUCGAGCAUAUACUUCCCGGAAGUUGUUGCAACGAUGAUUCUUUGCCGGUUACUCAAUACCCAAUCGAAUAUCCACUCUAUAGAACCGACUUCUACACCCAGACCACUCUCCAGUUGAACACUCAUCAUAACCAGCGAUCCAACCAACUCCUUCAGAUGAGAGACCUUCUCGACAUACCUUUCGAGAGAUAUGCAGAUAUCAAUCCCGAAGUGGGCGGGAAUCAAUUUAAGGAAUCAUGGGAUCAGGCAAGACGGAAUGAGAGUGUCAGCAUGACAUUUCAAGAUAAAUGGUAUACGGCUGCUCGAAUUGUCGCACCUGCUGAUGCGUAA